AUGAUCGGCAACCCUCCCACGUUCUACGACGAGUCUGCCGCGCACGAGCAGCAGCCCCAGGGCGCGUACGAGGCCUGGCAGCAGCAGCAGUACCACUACCCGCCCCAGCAGCCCCAGCAACAGCCUAUCCAGAACCAGUACCACUUUGUCAAUUCGGGCACCGCAGCCCACGACUCUUUCUUCCCGCCCGUCACGCUCAACGACUAUCCCGCCUAUUUCCCGCCACAGCCCGCGUACGACGCACAGGCAGAUAACACCACCCAGUGGAUCCACCACAACCCGCACUCCCAGCCGGCAUCUGCCGUGUCGACCGUCCCGCCGACGCCUUGGCCAUCGACGACCACCGCUGGCCAGCAGCCCGCUCACGCUGCGGCCGCGCCGCAGGAGCCGGCGCCCGCCGCUCCCGCCGCGACAACCCAGGCGCCAAAGCGCAAGCGCCCGCGGAAGGGCAAGGCUACGGUACGCGCGGACGCGGACGACAGCGAGAGCGACUCUGGCGACGACGGCCCCGCGUUCUUCCAGGAUGACGGCCUCAACCUUGGCCUCCAGACCGGCCCGCCGCCCGUCGGUCUGCCCUCACGGCUGCCUGGCGCCUGCACAUACUGCAAGCGCCUCAAGAUGAAAUGCGACUUCCCACCUGGAGCAAACGUCUGCAAACGCUGCCGCGCGGGGAACCAUCACUGCGUCGUCGAAGGCCGAAAGCCACGGAGUGCACCCAACAAACGCGAAUACCUGUUGGCCCAGCUCCGCCAAAAGGAUGGCAUCAUCGAGAGCCUGCUCAAGCAGCUGCACAACCCGUACCUCGCCACACCGCUUUCCAUCGCCGCGUAUCGCAUGGCUACGCCCGAUGCCGACCACCACAGGCAGAAUGUCGUCGCUUGGCUUGACAGGCUGCAGUCGUCCGUGCGAAACCCGCCGCGUGGCCCUGGCGGCGUAGAUAUGCAGGCGUUCUCGCUCGAUAGCCGCGUUCGGGCAACACCGAGCGCCAAGGGCGGUUCCGCACGCGGUGAAGGCGAGAGCGACGAGGAAGACGAGGAAGCCGAAGCAUCAUCCGAUGACCCGCCUCUCUCCGGUUCGACCGCCGCAGACGAAGCCCAGCUCCCCGCCGACCCCUCCGUCCCAAUCGGCGCCCUCGCCCAACUCGCCAUCUCCUCAUCCUACACCGACCUCGCCUCGCCGCAACGCAAGAAGAACAAAGCGCCUUCCUCUCCUUCUGGCGUCAAGGCCAAGGACGGCAGCACGCCCGAGGGCGAGACGGCUGGCAAGGAAGGUGCGAAGGAGGACGGGAAGACGCCCGAUGAGGAUGAGGAGGACCGCGGGCCGGUGGGCAUUGCGAACGCGGCGUACUUUGAGGCUGGGCCGAGCUCGGAUUUGAGCAAGAGGAUGAGCUUGAUUGAUAAGACUGCGCCGCCGGAUAUUUUGGUGCAUGGGCUUGUCACGCCUGAGGACGUCGAGAAGCUGUUCCAGAUCUUUUAUACCCGCGUGAACCCGUUCAUUGGUGUGCUUGACCCGGUGUUGCAUACGCCUAGCAGCACGUUUAGCCGUUGCCCGUUCCUCUUUACGGUUGUAUGCGCUGUUGCGUUACGGUAUAGCCAACGCUCGGACGCCUACCCGCUCGCUAUGCACUUCGCCAAGAGUGCAGCAGCACACGCCCUCGUGGACGGCUGGAAGAGCGUCGAGUUGUGCCAAGCCUACAUCCUCAUGUCCAUCUACGCCGUCCCCGCCCGGCGCUGGGAAGAAGACCGCUCCUGGCUCUACACCGGCCUCGCCAUCCGCAUCGCGACCGAUCUGAACCUGCACAUGUACAGCUCGCGCAAGCCGAAGAACGAAGCCGAGGCGCGCGAGCUCAUCAACCGCACGCGGGUCUGGAUGAUCUGCUUCAACCUGGACAAGAGCACCGCGACGCAGUUCGGGAAGCCCAGUACGCUCAAGGAGGACAGGAUCAUUCGCGAAGGCCCGGAGUGGUAUAAUCGCUCGCCGAGCAACGAUCCGUUUGAUAUUCAUCUGGUGGCGUAUUCGAGCUUGAUGAGGGUGCUUACGCGGUUCCACGCGGAGAUUUUUAUCGAGCCGGAUUCGUCGACGGGGUUGAAUCGGACGGUGGACUUCCAUGGGAUCGCGUUGAAGUAUGAUCAGGAGCUGGAGAAGACGUUCGAGGAGUGGACGGGGAGGUUCCAGCACGACAGCGACCAUAACAACCCCGCCGCGGAGUUCCGCUGCAAGUUGCUGCCCUUCUACGUUAACUACAGCCGGCUCGUCGUGCUCUCGUUUGCGUUCCAGCAGGCGUUCCAGCGCGGCUUCGAGCGCAACGACGAGGUCAUUUUCGCCAAGAGUCUCCAAGCCGCGCGCACGGUCAUCAACGUGCUCGUCGACUCGCUCGCGCCGUCCGGAUACCUCCGCUACGCGCCCGACGGCCACUUUGUAUUCGGCGCAUUCGCGAGCGCGUUCAUGCUCAAGCUGCUCCGUCCGGAGUGCCGCAUCUUCGCGCGCCAGGGGCUGGACGAGACCAUUUAUAGCACUAUUGAAAGGCUGGUGCAUACGUUCGGCGCGCCGGCUAUUGCUGUGGACGAGCGCCAUACUCCGCGCUUGUAUAGCGAUUUCCUGGGACGGCUGCUCGCGAAGCAUCGUCGUGAUGCCGCCGCGGCUGCUCGUGCUGCAGCGCGCCAGAACCGACCGGGUGCGGGUCAGCAGCAGCGCACCCAAAAUCAGGGACAGCGUCAAGGUGGUGGUGCGGCGGGUCCGGGUGCAGGCGCUGGUGGUGCCGCCCAGGGACAGGGCGGGCAGGCUCAGCAUGGUGGCGCGCAGAUGCAGCAGAGGCCUGCGGCUGCUCCUGAGCUCAAGGCGCCGGCAAACGAGGAUCCGGGUGCUGGGUACCCGACGCCGAGCUCGCUGCAUAGCGAGGAUGGUGGGCAGGCCCAGCAACCGCAGCAGUACGCGACGUAUAAUCAGCAGUACGCGCCGGCGUUUGCUACUGCUACUGGCCAGCCGCAAGGCCAACAGCAGCUCAGCCCGACCUACGCGACGUAUGGCAGCCCGGGCUCGUACAGCAAUAAUGGGACAAGCCCGGCGGGAUCGUACAAUGCCAGCCCGAACACGUUCCACACGCAGCAGUUGCAUGCUAGUCCCAGCCAGACGCUCGUCCAGCCGCAGUCGAGUCCUGCGUCGUACACGAAUAGCCAGCAGACGUCGCCGUUUGUUCAGGCGCAGAACUUUGCGGGCUUUGGGACGCAAGGUCAGCAGGCGCAGGGACAGUACCAGCAGCAGCUCCAUCGAUCGGCGUCGCAGCAGCAGCUUCAGGCGUCUGCAUCGCAGCAGUCGCAAUUGCACCACUCGACGUCGCAGCAGCAGCUGAACGGCGUGUACCAGGCCGACGCGAGCGUCUCGGGCUUGUUCGGUACGCCGCAGAUGGGCACGGACUUCAACUUCGCGUUUGACGGCGGGCUGCCGCUCAUUAGCGACGAUACGCCCGCGCCGAUGAAGGCGCUCAGCCAGUCGACGUUUUGGGAUACUAUGAUGAUGCCGGGGUGGAGCUGGCCGAUGGACGACCCGAUGAAUGGGGGUGGGCAUCAGCAGCAGCAGCAGAUUGCGCAGGCUGCGAUGGGUCAGCAGCAGAGUUUCCAGCCGUAUGUACCCCAGGUGCCGGUGUCGAUGUGA